AUGAAAUCACCUUCAGUGAAGCCCUCGGCAUACCCGCCGCUGCCAUUUCAUCUCAUCCGCUUCCUGAUCUUCCUCUCCUCAAUCGUCGUAGGCGUGAUCUUGGCAGUGUUUACCUACCAUCUCCACGCCGAUGGCUUCAAAUUACCAUAUUCAUUCCUCGUGCUCUUCGUCUCAGCAGGCCUCUCCCUCCUCAAUAUCCUCCUAACCUCAGUAAUCCACUGCAGCUGCGGCCUAUCAACAAAACUCUCUAUAUCCGUCAACAUCCUCCUAACAAUCCUCUGGGCCCUAUCUCUAGGCCUCCUGAGCUGGAGCGUAGCAAGCACAAUUACCACAACAUGCACAACAACACACUGGGGAAAUUCGACCGGCAUCGCUGUAUGCAGGAGCUACAAAGCCCUCUUCACAUUCACCGUCACCGGUCUGGUUAGCUACAUCGCUGCAGUCUGGCUAGACGUGGUCGUGCGCCGUCGUCAGACUCGUCUCGGUGUCUACGAUCCUAUGGGAUCACACCCCGGCCUCGAUGACUCGGGCGCAUUCGAUGUCAAGAUGGAUGACCGCCACAGCGAGUCCACGCCUGCUUUGCACGAUUAUGAUAAUGUUCCCCCCGCGAUGUCCGGUGCCUAUGGCCAGGGCCAUACGCAUGUACCGCCGGUGUAUGAGCGCAAUUUGGAGUAUGCUCAUGCUGGUGAUGCGCAGGAUUAUUAUGAUUCUGCGCCUGGGAUGAGUCACCGUGGUGCACCCAGAGUGCGCUUUAGUGCCUAUGAACAGGAUGGGCACCAACGGCCUGCCGAGCAUACUGGAUACGAUCCUGCUAUGUAUCGCUGA